AGGCAUGCAGCGAGUCAGAAUGCUAAUAUAGGAAGGAAACAUGCUCUGCUUGGCUUGCAAACCAAUAAGCAUCACCAUAAGAAGCAGCAGCAGCUGUGCCGGGGUGCAGUUAAACGUUCCCCACAUGUGUUUGAUCGGAGUUAGCAAGGUGGAGUCUGUUUCUUUGUAAACAGACGAAAACUCAUACCGACUUGCGCAUUUCCUGUCAGCGCAGUCUUGGACGCCAGUUUCUUUGUAGCUUUUGAGUUUUUACAUGCCACAAUGAAGUACAUCCUGGUUACGGGUGGUGUCAUAUCUGGUAUUGGUAAGGGUAUCAUUGCCAGCAGCGUGGGAACAAUCCUCAAAUCAUGCGGCCUUCACAUCACAGCCAUCAAAAUCGACCCAUAUAUCAAUAUUGAUGCUGGAACCUUUUCACCUUAUGAACAUGGUGAAGUAUUUGUUCUUGAUGAUGGCGGGGAAGUGGAUCUCGACUUGGGGAACUAUGAGCGUUUCCUGGAUGUCCGUCUUAUCAGAGACAAUAACCUCACCACCGGAAAGAUCUACCAGUCUGUAAUCAGCAAGGAGAGGAGGGGAGACUACCUGGGCAAAACUGUACAAGUGGUGCCCCACAUCACAGACGCCAUCCAGGAGUGGGUAUUGAAGCAGGCCAGGAUCCCAGUUGAUGAAGACGGUGUGGAGCCUCAAGUUUGUGUCAUAGAGCUAGGAGGAACAGUGGGGGACAUCGAGAGCAUGCCCUUCAUAGAGGCUUUCAGACAGUUCCAGUUCAAGGUGAAGAGAGAAAACUUCUGCAACAUUCACGUCAGCUUGAUACCACAGCCCAAAACAACAGGAGAGCAGAAGACCAAACCGACCCAGAGCAGUGUCCGAGAGCUCAGAGGGCUGGGCUUGUCUCCGGAUCUGAUUAUGUGCCGCUGUAUAACACCCCUUGAAUCAGCUGUCAAAGAGAAAAUUUCCAUGUUUUGUCACGUGGAGCCCACACAGGUGAUUUGUGUCCACGAUGUCUCAUCAGUCUACAGAGUGCCUCUGCUGCUGGAGGACCAGGGUGUUGUGAGCUACUUGUGUCAGCGGUUGAACCUGCCUGUCGAGAUGAAACCCAGAAAGAUGCUCGCAAAGUGGAAGGAGAUGGCUGACAGAUCUGACCGUCUCUUGGAGCCUGUUUCUAUAGCUCUGGUGGGGAAGUACACAAAGUUGGCUGAUGCAUACACCUCAGUAAUUAAGGCCCUAGAACACUCAGCCUUCGCCAUUAAUCACAAAUUAGAGGUUAAGUACUUAGACUCUGCAGAGCUGGAGUCUACUGCUCUGCGAGAUGAGCCGGUGAAAUAUCAUGAGGCCUGGCAAAAGCUCUGCAGUUCCCAUGGUGUGUUGGUGCCAGGAGGUUUUGGUGUGCGGGGGACAGAAGGCAAGAUGCUGGCUAUUAACUGGGCAAGGAAAAAGAACCUGCCAUUCCUGGGAGUUUGUUUGGGCAUGCAGCUGGCAGUGUGCGAGUUUGCCUGCAAUGUUCUCGGAUGGGAAGAUGCCAACUCCACAGAAUUUAAUCCAGACACCAAACACCCUGUGGUGAUUGACAUGCCAGAACACAACCCAGGGCAGAUGGGUGGGACUAUGAGAUUGGGAAAGAGGCGGACAAUUUUUAAAUCUAGCACCAGCGUACUGAGAAAACUCUAUGGAAAUGUGGACUAUGUUGAGGAGAGGCACAGACACAGAUUUGAGGUGAAUCCUGAGCUGAAGCACCACUUUGAACAAAAGGGUCUUCAGUUUGUUGGCCAGGAUGUCGAAGGAACGAGAAUGGAGAUGAUUGAAUUGCAGGACCAUUGUUACUUUGUCGGAGUGCAGUACCAUCCAGAGUUUACCUCCAGACCCAUCAAACCUUCUCCUCCCUAUUUGGGUCUCCUACUGGCUGCUGCAGGAAAACUCCAGACCUACCUGGCCAAGGGCUGUCGCCUUUCUCCGCGGGACACUUACAGUGACUGCAGUGGCAGCAGCUCUCCUGAGACGGACAUCACGGAACUGAAGUUUCCUCCUUCGUUUUGCAAUAAGCAAAUACCAGAAAAGAAAUUUAUGGCAAGUUUGUAAGAAGAGGACAUAGUGCAACAUAUAGUGAGUGUGAGAUCAAUUAGGAAACAUCACUCCUGUCGGUGUGCUUGAGCAAAAAUGAUGAGGAUGUUGCCUUUUCUAGGUAUAGGGCUAAGAAUAGAUACUUGUAACUAGCUGAGAGAAUAAACGGGUCAUUUUGCAGGAAGUAUAGCAACAGUAACAAAGUGCUGAGGUAGGACUCGUUGUCUGUGCCGCCCUUGUUGGGACAACCAUCCUGAAACCCAGUUCACUGUAUGAAAAUAGAUAAACAUGAUAUGUACAGUUGUUUGACUUUUAUCACAGUUUGCCAUUGAUAAGUUUACCUCUUUGAACUGCUUUUUAUUUUAUGUCUUAGAAUAUGUUUUGUAUUAAUGUCUUCUUUUUAGGUUUAAUACCACUUCACAUAUCCUAACACUCAUUCAGGGUUUCUACACAAACGUGUGUAAAACACAUGGUUUCAAAUAAGCUUUCAGUGUUAUAUGGCAUGUACAUGCAAAUCCAUGCAAGUAUGAGAUUAAAGUUGUGCAGUAUAUGAGUUUUUCUGUCAUAAUAAUGUGAAUUGUUUAGGUAUCAUUCAAUAUCAAGAGGACAGUUGGUUUCAAUUCGUGCAUGGAUCUUGUUUUAUAGGUAAAGUUUUGUUCCUUAAAUGUAGUUUCACAGCUUCGGUCGCAUGAUAUUUGUUUGACCCCUAACUUCCUGAAAGAAAAUACUGAUGCACAGUCAUCUGGUGCUUCAGCUUGCUUAAGUGACCCUUAGUCACCAGAAGUAACUGAAAACAAAAUCUUCUUGGCAUAUGAAAUCUGAGCUCCUCAACCUGAAACGGAGACCUAAAUUUGCUCUCAAAACACGAGUAGCAGCCAACAGUAGAUAAGCAUCAAGCUGCCAAGUUCCAUUUUUGCUGGAAGUCUUGUCAGAUUGAGUAAAUUCAUAACUCGGCAAGGAUAGUUAAAUUAUUCCUGACAGUGCUUCUGUUUAUUUUUAUAUUUAUGAAGUGCAUUUAUAUUGCAAUAUGUACAUUUAAUCUGAAUAAAUAUGUUUUAUUUGUCAAGACAAUCUGGCCGUUAUUCUAGUUGAGCUGUGCCUCAGAAUGCCAAAUUCUGUUUUUUUUUUUAUGAGUGACGCAGACAGGAAAACUUAAAUUAUGCUGAAAUAGCCCUGCAACUUUCACACACAAAAUAAACCC